AUGUCCGGGUCUCUCGAACUCCCCGACCUCCCCCCUCUCGCAUCCUUGGAUAUGCUCCACCACGACUCACCCAGCACUCCAAGUCCGAACAAGCUCCCCGUACCGACCAACAGAGACUCUGCCACCUUUCUCAAGUCCCCCGCACCCUCCUUUGCUGAAUCCUUUAACACUGCCUUCACCUCUCAGGUCGAAGACAGCGACGACACAACGCGUUUGGUCCACUACUCUCUGGCGCCCCCUCAGAAUCUGCGAAAAUCCAUCUCUGUCGACUCUUUCGCCCAGUACGGUCGGGAUGGUUCUCGCUCCAUUCGAGGUUAUCCCAACUCUCCCUCGGAACAACCGCAAGCCCCACUGCAUGCCACACAGGCCGAAAGCCAGGUCCGUCCAGAUAGACAGCCAUGGGUCGGUCGUAACCGCGGCGAAAGCCUGAGCUCCGUGCACCGUGAUCACGGCCCAUCUCCGCUGGAUUCAGAUGUUGACCGUUACGAUCCUCUCAACCUACCCGCGUUGGAGCGCUUCCGACGCGCUUCUCUAAAGAACCAAGACACGUCUAAGCCAUCUAUCCGAGGGGGUGAUUUGCCCCUACCCGCCCGGUCACAUAAUCUCAGUGUAACACCGAGUCUAGCCACCAAUUCAACAACCUCCAGCCCUACUAUUUCCAACUCUCCUUCUACUUCUGCUUUCCCUCCGUCAGCAAGACGGAUCACUGGCUACUCUGCCGCCAAUCCUGGUCGCACUCGUAGUGGAAGCUUGGGCUACAACCCACCCAAUUCGUCUAAACGAAUGGUUAUUAAUCCUCAUGUCUCUAUUCCCCGCCGUUCGUCUGUGACCAGCAGCGAUAUUGUCCUAGUUGUCAUCGGCACCACAGGCUGUGGCAAAUCGACAGUCAUUCGCAAAGGACUCUCUGGAUAUGGGCUCUCAGAUUCACUCAUUAUCUCUGAUGCUGCUGGCUCCAUUGCUCUUCCUCGAUAUAUCCGUCGCCGUACUGGCCCUGUAAAACUCGAUCACCCAGAGUCUCCUGGUGCAGUUCCACAAGUCAUUGAAGUCAUCGAAGUGGAGGUGCAAACCACUACCAAGGGUCUUCUGUGGCCUCAAGGGUUGCCUCCAAUAGACGGCAUUAUUAUAUGUUACGAUUCAUCAAAGAAGAGCUCAUACCAACCUGUUGAAGGGCUUCUAAAGGGGUACCGUUCCACAACCCUGCCCAUUAUGGUGCUAGGCUGUAAAGCUGAUCUUGACCAUGAAGUUGACCCAGCAGAUGCGUUAGAGAUGCUCAAGCAAUAUGACACCGGUCUGAUCGAAGUAUCAACGAACACCGAUGGCGGCAAGGACAAGAUGAGGCGUUGCUUUGACUUUCUGUUGAAAGCCGUUCUGCGACAAAGAGGUCCUAGCCGAACUAUCGAUGAUCGUAAUCCUGCCUCUCCAGAUUUGCCUUCUAAAGGUGCUCCCUGGGAGCGCUCUAUGACCAAUACCCCGACUGCCUCGCCUUCGAUACCCACGAACACAUCAGCUUCCAGUCUUGUCAACAACAGUAUACCCGAAAGCUCCCCUUCAACCUCGACGCGUCAUGCAAUUCCAACGCCACCGUCAGGAGAACCGCCAGCCGUUAUCGAGAUGUCCCAUUCAAGAGAGGACAUUCACGAAUCCGCUGCUGUGGACUCUGAAGAUCAACAACAUCAAGAUUCGGAAACGUCUCCUGGGUUGCCCGACCCGAAGACCCAACAGGCUCUAGCCGAUAAAAAGAAUGCACCCAGGAAGGAGCCACGACCGACCCAGUGGACAAGUUUAGAAGAACUACUUGACAAACUUCUUUUCCUGGCAGUCAGCGGAGAUGACCCUACUUUCACCUCACAUUUCCUGCUCACAUAUCGACGGUUUGCUACCCCGCGGAGUGUACUUCUUGCCAUGCAGAAACGGAUGCGCCAACUCGAUAACCCUUGUGGUGAUCCGAUGUUUGCUUGCUUCGCUCAAAUGAGGAUUUGCCACCUCUUAGAGACGUGGAUUCGUGACUAUUCUCAUGACUUUGCUGUGAAAGGAACUGUCGGUGCUCUUAAUGCUCUCAUCAAGUCCAUCAUCUCCAAGACGCACCUGCUUCACUAUGGCUCAGAAUUUCUUCCUUUCCUAGAACAACUACCUACUCUUGUUGACCAAGACACCACAUGGUCCCUCAAAGCUGAUAUCUCGGACAAUGACAGUGAUGACUAUAACGAAGAGGACGAUGAUGAUGAAGCUCGAAUUGAAGAACCAACUUCCCUCACUCAUGACGACAUCAGCCCCCCAACCGCUUCCACCGUCUCUUUUCCCUCCCGAGAGCGGAAAUCUAGCCUUCCUCUACCAAAAGCCCUUCUGUCGCCGUCCCAAGUCAAUGGUGCUCUUUCAAAUACCCUUGAACCCAAACACCAAAUUAAAGAACUCACCAAACUUGCAUCGGAUAUUCUCACAAUCGAUUCGCAAGACAUCGCGCAAGAGAUCACUCGCCAGGGCGUCAAGAAAUUUUUGGCGAUCAAGCCUCGGGAUUGGUUACACUACACUUUUGUGUUCUCAAAGAAAAAUGACAACGAACCAAUCAGCGCGUUCAACACAAUGGCCAAUCACCUGGCCGACUGGGUCGUAUCAUUGAUUCUUUGUCAUCACCGGCCGCGCAAUCGUGCCCGCCAAAUCGAGAAACUUGUUGACAUUGCCCAGAAACUGCGGCAAAUGAACAAUUAUUCUGCACUGCGGGCCUUUGUGGCAGGGAUUAACAACGCCACCGAUGAUCCUACGAUGGAGCAACUCAAAUCACGAUCACCAGACGCCGCUAAGAACUUGAUGUCGUGGGAUGUGCUUCUACAGCAAAUACGUUCCCAUCGAGCGUACCGUCUAGCACUGCGGAAUUCGAAAGGGGCAUGCAUACCAGCGUUGGAGGUUCAUAUGUCCGAUCUCAUCAGAGCACAUGAAGGGAACGGAGAAGUUAAUGAAUCUGAUCCAACCAAAAUUCACUGGGGCAAGUUUAACAUGAUGGGUCGAUUCAUCACCAGCACUCUUCAGUGUCAAGCCCAAUGUCGCAACUCAAAUGAUUACGACUUCCCCGACCGUUCAGAUAUCGCCGAACUAUUUGUCAAGUGUCCCGUUAUGACCACAGAGAUGCAGAAAUCACGUCUUUCAUCACAAAAUGACUAUGAUGAUUAUCCUCCAGUAAACCAUCCCGUCGGUCAGCCGAAAACGGAUCUCACAGGCUUGCGAAAGCUGUUCUUCUGGUGA